GAAGUGCAUUUUAGGAAUAUGUACACAAGAUGGCGACAGUGUGAUGGGAAUGCAACCGAAAAGUGAAACUUUGUGGUAUUUUAUGCAAUGUCUCGAUUGGCCGACUACUUUGUAUUAGUAGGAUACGACCACGAGAAAGAUAGAGGUGGACAAAGUGUAGGAAAGAUUAUACAGAGAUUUCCUGAGAAAGAAUGGGAUGAUUGUCCAUUUACGCAGGGUAUAGAACUAUUUUGUCAGCCAUCAGGAUGGAAGCUGUCACCACAAAGAUGUCCGCCAGAGUUCUUUAUCGCUGUCCUGACAGACAUGGAUGCAGACCGCCAUUAUUGUGCGUGUCUGUCAUUCUCAGAGUCUGUCUCCGUAACACUCCCACGACCAGAUGAGGACGGAGAUGCAGAUGAAACAGAAAAUGCCAUAACUCAACAAUCUCUAAUGUUCUCAACAAAAUGUCUAGUUCUAAUAUCAAGACUGGAUUACUUUGAAACAUUUAGGAACUGCCUAGGAAUCAUAUACACAGCCUAUGUAGACAGACUUGAUGCUCAGUUAGAGGUUUUGGUGGGGAACAUUAUAGGGAGUGUUUAUGUCCCUCCCCCAGGUGGACCACAGAUAAGAUUUUCAAUAGGUGCCGGAGACAGACAAGCUUUACAACCUAAACUUAACAGUGGUUUACCUUCAUCUAGAAAUUGUGUAGCAUUGUUAUUUCAACAAUUAGGGAUCCAGAACACAUUGGUGUUAUUUUGUGCUGCUUUGACUGACCACAAGAUUUUAUUUCAUUCCCAGAGUUUUUCUCGAUUAACUGAUUCUUGUCAAGCAAUAGUAGUACUUCAUUAUCCUCUCAGAUUUAGUUAUGUAUAUAUACCAAUAUUACCAGCUCAUCUUGUGGAAGUACUAAGUUCACCAACCCCAUUCAUGGCAGGCAUCCACUCUUCAUUAGCUGAUGAAACUGCUGAAUUUUUGGACGUGAUCAUUGUGGAUUUAGACGGAGGAAGUAUCAAGAUUCCUGAAUGUGUAAAUAUUCCCAUGAUACCUGAACCAAUACUCACUAGGACCAAGAAGUCACUUCAUUUGAUUUUAAACAUGGAUUUAUUUAAUGCUGACAAGGCGUUCCCUCCAUCCCCUCCCAAGAAACAGAUCAGUAGUGACAUGAAGGACAAGGAAAUUCGAGCAGUAUUUAUUCGCCUAUUUGCUGAGUUAUUGACGGGGUACAGAACAUGUCUCACGGUGAUCAGGAUACAUCCAGAACCAUUCAUCACUUUUCAUAAGGCCAAUUUCCUGAGUAACCGAGGUUUUAUAGAAGAUGAUUUUCUAGUACGAGUUUUAGAUUGUAUGGCUUUUGGUGGAUUUGUGCAAGAAAGAGGUCCACCAUAUCGUGUCUGUGAUAUUUUUGAUGAGAUCUAUGCAAAUAUACAAGAUUUAUUAACAGAAGAAAGAUCUGAUCCAAACAAAAUGUUAGAAAACAUUAAAGAGUUAGCAAAACAGCUGUAUACAAAUGAAUAUCCUAAUCCUCAACCAUACGUCCAGAAAGUGCCAAAACCAACAGAGGAAGCCUACAAGAGAAUACAUCAACCACAGUUCCCAUACCUAGACUGGUUACAUGUCCAGGAAGUUAUUGACGAGGGCAUUGCUAAAAACAAUCUGAAAUCUAAAUUUAGUAAUAUGAGACCACAUCAGUUACGGAUAGUCCCUAUAGGUCCCCCCUCAGCCACACUGACAGAAAGACAGAGGAUGGUAGAUAACAAUGCCAGAAGGCUUGAAGUCCUCAGGAAUUGUGUUAAUUUUAUAUUUGAAAAUAAGAUCUCAGAUGGCAGAAUUAUAUUUCCAGCAGUAUUGAGGGCACUGAAGAGUAGAGUAGCUAGAAUUGCUUUAACACAGGAACUAAGCUAUCAUAUACGUAGUAAUAGGGCUAUGUUAGAACAUCAACAAUUUGAUCUGGUGGUCAAGUUACUUAACUGUGCUUUACAGAAUGAUUCUAAUAUGGAUGAGAAUGGUGUGGCAGCAGCCAUAUUACCUCUGGCCACCUCCUUCUGUAGGAAAUUAUGCACUGGAGUGAUACAGUUUGCCUAUACCUGUGUCCAGGAGCAUGCUGUGUGGGCCACUCUACAGUUCUGGGAGGCUGCAUUCUACCAGGACGUACAAAAACAAAUCAGACAGCUGUAUGCUCCUCAUUAUGAAGAAGUUAAAGAUGGAGCAUGUAGUCCAUCAACACAUCCAAAUGAGUUAGGAAUAGUGUGGAAUAAAACACAGUCUACAACACCCGAUACAAAGAGAAGAUCAGGUAUUAGACCCAGAGAGAUUGGUGCAUUAGAAAUAGCAGCUGAACAGUUACGAAUAUGGCCAAGUCUGACAAAGGAGAAGAAAGAAGAAAUGAUAAACAAUGAAGAAUCAACAGUUUAUAGUCAAGCCAUACAUUAUGCCAAUCGAAUGGUAUACAUGAGGGUCCCACUGGACACCAAAACAAGUCUGAAAACUUACACCGACUGGGAGAGUAAUAGCAACAGUAACAUAACAGCAAGCAUUGCUGAGAGUGAUAGUGUGGAUGCAGAGAGUGGGUUUGAUGAAACAGAAGUAUCUGACACAGGGGCGGGUGUGAUUAAGUUUGUUACCAGAUUUGUAGAGAAAGUCUGUAAUGAUAGUAAAGUGACACAGGAUCACAUCAAAGCUCUACACACAAUGGUUCCUGGAGUUGUAGCCAUGCAUGUUGAAACAUUAGAGGCAGUACACAGAGAGAGUAAGAGAUUACCUCCGAUACAAAAGCCAAAGAUAUUGAAGCCUACAUUAUUACAAGGAGAAGAAGUAGUGAUGGAUGGUUUGAGAGUGUACCUGCUGCCUGAUGGUCGGGAGGAAGGGACUGGAGGGAACCUGGGUGGUCCGGCUCUGUUACCAGCAGAGGGGGCAGUGUUCCUUACUAACUAUAGAAUCAUAUUUAAAGGAAUACCAUGUGAUCCUGUUGCUUGUGAACAAGUGGUUGUGAGAUAUUUUCCAGUAUCUACCAUGACAAAGGAAAAACAAAUCAAACUAGGUUAUACUCCACAUAUAGAUCAACUACCUAAGGAUGGAAUUCAAAUCAGAGCUAAUAUAUUCCAGUUGAUGAGGUUGGCGUUUGAUGAAGAAGUUAUACCAGAAGAUGUUGACACCUUUAGAAAGUUGGCUAACAAAUAUAGGAACCCUGCAUCAGUGUUCCAUGCUUUUGCUUUCACUGGACAAGUUAUCAUGCAGCCAACUAUGGUUAAACAUAAGGAGAAAAAUGCUUCAUUGAAGAACUUUGCAAAGAAAACAUUGAUGAAGACAGCCAGAAAAGCUGGAAUAAAACCAAAACAAUCUGCCAGAAAACAGAAAUAUGUCCUUCAACCACCACCAUCUAUGCAGAGACGAAGCAUGUCACCAAGGUCAUCCUCGGCAGGGUCAGACAGCGACUCAGAACGACCAAAUAGUGAAAUGUUUGAUGACUUGUCUAUUGUAGAUGAGUCAGAAUAUGCUUCUUCAUGGACAACUGAUCCCAAGACAAUAGAAAAGUUAUUACAGAGACCAGGUUACCAUGACUACGAGAGACUUGGACUUAAUAGUCUGUCUUCAUCACACCAUGGACAGGAGCCCAAGUCUGAACAGUUUAGAAUAUCUACUGUCAAUGCUAACUUUGCAGUUUGUAGAAGUUACCCAGCUUUAAUAGUGGUACCUCUAAGUGUUACAGAUGACAGCAUAAAGAAACUAGCUCGUACUCACAGACAAUAUAGAUUCCCAGUAAUAACUUGGAGGCAUCCUAGGACAAAAGCUUUACUGAUCAGGGCCAGUGGUUUCCACAGUAGAGGUUUGAUGGGAAUGUUAAAGCAUGACACAACAUCAGGAACAGCUGGCAGUGAAACAUCUUCUAGUAUUGAACAGGAGAGAUAUUUCUCCAGUCUGGUGUCAGCUACUCCAAACAGUGAGAGAUAUCGUGGAUCUUGUAGCGACUCACUGACGAGUCUAGACUCACUAAUGAUGGCAGGAAUCAACGUCCCAGAGACCCCUGAUAUGAACAGAAGAGCUUUAAAGACUGGCAGUUUACAGAGAGCUACUAAACCCAAAUCUCAAUCAUAUGAUUAUGACUAUGAAUAUAGCACAAGUCGCGAUUCCCUUGACUCUAUUGAUGAAGUGCAACUGAGAUCAUCCCCUCGAGGAAGUACGAUGCUAACACGGGCUGCCAAUGCCAUUCGUGCUAGUGGGUCAUGGAGAAGUUCAAUUUUAACAUUGCCUAGGAGAACCAGAUCGAGAGGCUCAUGGCAAACUUUCGGAAGAAUUGGCAGUAUCAAGGAGAAAACACGAACAACUGACCCAUCACGUUUAUCUGUGUCAUCUGGUAUAUCGAUAACUCAAGGUGACAUCAUUAACAACUCAGUUCAAGGCUUUAAGAGAGUAUCUCUGUAUGUACUGGGAGAAAAAGCUCAAAUGAAGGGAAUAAAAAUGGAGUCUUUUCCCAAAUGUGAUUUCAUACCUGUGGACUUUUAUGAAGUCAGACAUGUGAAGGCUAGCUUCAAGAAGUUAAGUAGGGCAUGUGUACCUAGCACUACUCCGUCAGCUGAUGCCACAUUCUACAAAACUGUAGAGGAAUCUGAAUGGUUGUUACAGGUACAGAAUAUAAUGCAGUUAGCUGGCGCCACCGUUGAUCUAUUAGAUGUACAGGGAUCUUCUGUGAUGAUCUGUCUGGAAGAUGGCUGGGAUAUCACUACUCAGGUGGUUUCUGCAGCACAGAUACUCUUGGAUCCUUUCUACAGAACAAUAGAAGGUUUCAAGUGUCUCGUUGAAAAGGAAUGGUUGUCAUUUGGUCACCGAUUUACUCACCGUAGUAACCAGACAGCAGCCAAUCAAGCCAGUGGAUUUGCACCACUGUUUUUACAGUUUCUUGAUGUUGUCCAUCAGAUACACAAUCAGUUUCCCUUGUCAUUUGAGUAUAACCAGUUCUUUCUGAAGUUUCUGGCCUACCAUUAUGUGUCAAACAGAUUUAGAACGUUCAUGAUGGACAAUGAAUAUGAGAGAUUUGAAAGUGGUUGGAUCCUGGACGAAAAGAAAGCAUCUAAGUUUGAUGACACUGAUGAAGAUGGUGGAUUUUUGUACAGACACCAGCAUCAGUCUAACCCAGGGAUGUCAGUAUGGGAUUACAUAGAGAAACAUCACAGAAGAUCUACAGUGUUCUGUAACUUUAUGUAUAGCCUUCAUGAUCAAGAAAUGGUUUUGAGACCAUAUUCAAAUUUAGCAAACAUGAAGAUCUGGGAUUACUACAUAGAUGAAGAUUUGGCCCAUGGUCCUCCCUAUGAGAUAGAGACCGCCCAGAAAGAGCUGGCUUUGAAUGAAGAUGUGACGGUAGAAGGGAAUCCAAGUUCUAGUCGAGUUGUCAAUAUAUGUUUCGACAAUGUUCAAAUUCAGCAACCAGAAUCUUUUAAAGUUUUAUUACAGGAAGUACAUAGAGUGCAAACAGAUUUAGGGCACCUGCAACAGAAAUGGAAAAUAAUCUGGGACAAAUUAGAAGGACCAGCACGUGACUCUACGAGACAAGACGUCUCAUUAUCUGUUCUCAGAUCACAUGGUAGAUCAAUUCAUAAACGUUCAACGUUAGAAAUUCUAGUGAAAGGAAAAAUGCUCGGUGAAGCAGCAAAAAGAUUCAGUCAGCCGCAUCGUUUUGAGAAAUUUACAUACACUACACCUGCUUAUUGUGAUUAUUGUUCUCAGGUGUUAUGGGGAUUCCUUAAGACUGGUAUGCAUUGUGCUGACUGUGGAUAUAAUUGUCAUGAAAAAUGUAUGUCUCAUGUCCCAAAGAACUGUACAAAGUUAAAAAUAGUAGCAGAAUCUAGUAACAGUAGUUCUAAUGUAUCUCGAGCUGGAGGAUCAGAAAGCAGCUCUGUGUCAGGGGGAAUGUCUUUAGGAACAUUAACAGGAGCACACCCAAGUUAUGAGAACUUUACACCAACCAAUACAAAUACUGAACACAGAACGUUAGAGGGUUACCUGUACAAAAAGGGGGCACUUCUAAAAGGCUGGAAACAGAGGUGGUUUGUUCUUGAUUCAACUAAACACCAGAUGAGAUAUUACGAUUACAAAGACGACCCUACUUGUAGAGGUUUCAUUGACUUAUUUGAUGUACAAGCAGUCCAUCCUAUAAAAAAUGUCCAGGGACCACUUAAGAAAUCAGACGAAAAUGCAGCUUUUGAGUUGAAAACCAGUAAAAGAAUGUACCACUUCUAUGCAAGUGAUGCAAAAACAGCACAGGACUGGAUAGACAAAAUACAUAGUUUUAUAUGAAAAUAAAUCAUCUAGGUGUCUCAUAUCUUUUUUAAUUAUGAUUCAAUUUUUACAGUGAAAAGAGAAAAUCUACAUUUUACUGUUAUGUUAUGUAUGUUAGUGGGUGACUUCUGACUUUUUAUAGAAGAUUUGUCAGUAAAGAAGAGCUUCAGCUUCUUUUUUACAACUCAACAUGUUCACAUGACAGAUUUGAUAUCAUUAGAUUGUACAUCAGACAAAGAUUAUCAUGUGAUCAAGAGGCUCUAUCAUGUGAUCAAGGAGCUCUAUCAUGUGAUAAAGAACCAGAGCUUGUGCUUUUCAUGUCCUGUUGAAUAUUCAUACACCAUAAACCAGACUUAGUGCUCAUCCAUGUUCAUGUGGGAAAUUAGCCUUGAUUUUUAGUUCCAGCCAAAGUUUAUUGAGAUUUUAGUUCCUAUAUUGAGUCAGAUGUCUUAGCAUAGAAAUGUGGAAAUGUGUUAUUUAUAUAUCAUAUGUUUUACUUAAUACAAUUUCAUCAUAUCUAUUUAUACAUUCUUGUAUGUGCCAGAAUAGGAUACAAUGGUCUGCUUUGGAAUAUGUGUUUUUAUACAUUUUAAUGAGGUUUAAUCUCAUGGCUAUGUUUUAACAUUAAAAACAUGAAAUGAAAAAUUAUGCAAACUAUAUUUUUUAAGUUAAUCGAAUGCAUGACAGCUUUGUAUCUGUUGUCGUUUUUUAGUUUGUUUCAUUGGGUUCAUCUAACAUGUAUCCUUUUAUCUAAGCAAUUUUAUUAAAGCUGUUAAUUAUGCAAUGAUAUUAAAGGGUCAGAUGUCACUUAAGGCUAUCUUUGAAAAUAAUUAACUAUUUAGAAGACAGUGGAAUAAAGUAUUUGACAAAAUAAAAUAUUAGCACUGGAAUUGUAAGGUAAAAAAUUAAAUGACUACAAGCCCUUCUUCUCCCAUAGAUCAACUCCAAGAAUGCACCUUUGACAGGAUUAAUAGUCCCAAGGCCCCCCUUUUAAUGGAGUGACAUAUAUCAUGAAUGCACAGAAAUUUUACUAGCAUCACUCCAACUUAUCAAGAUUCAUGUUAAAUGGAUUUAGAUGGCAAAGGAUGGAUUUUUUUUGUAUUUCUUUAGUGAAUGUAAAAAUAAAAAAAAUAACAGUUUUAGACAAUAUAUGUUCACAAAAGGAAUAAAAAUGUAUGUUACAGUUAUUAAAAAGAUAAGAGAAAAAGGAAAAGAAAAAAAAAAGAAAAGAGAAAAAUAUAAAAAAAAGCGAUAGAAUUGAUAAAAAAUGGUUGAUAGUCUAAUUGAAAUUUAUUAAAUUUAUCUUCUGCCAUCUCUAUUCAUCACAACAUGGAACCAACCCUUUGCUUUCAUUAUAAGUGUUUGAGUUUAAACACUGAGCAUAUAGUAAGGCUUACCGAACAUGAAGAUUACUAAUCUAACUGUUAUAUAUUUAUUUACCUUGAAUACUACAGUAAUUUGAUCUCUGACAUUGUAUGUUAUUUAUGUUGCUUGCCAAUUUAUUUUAUACUGAGCAACAUGGGUCAUAUUGUAAUGAUUCAUGCUGUAACUUAGUUCUCAACAGUUUUGUAGAAAGCUUUGAAGAAAAAUAAAUGAGAUUUGUCCUUGUGUCUUCAUUAGGAAACACAUGUUUUGCUUUAGAAUAUGCAAUAAUGACAUUGAAACAAAAAACCAAAGCAUUUAUAGUAAUCAGAAUAACAAAUCUAAUCAUAGAAUGUUCUUUAAUAGUUGACUAUGAUAGGUACACACUAGUUCAUGUUGACGACGGUGGAGGUUUAUUUCAGGAGCUUAAGAAAUAAGAAUAAGUGUUCAUCUAUUAUGUGUUUUAAAAGUCAUUCACACUGGGUAAUUAAUAAAAAAGAAUACAUAUUCCAUUAGAUUAAUAGAUUUACAUAAUUGUUUUAAUGCUGAGUUGUAAUUGUCAAUAUGCACCAUAUAGGGAAUUGAAACACUGUGCCAAUUUUAGUGUAGCAAAAUAUUUUUCUUGUUGCACUUUUUCAAACAAAUAUAUGUUGAUAAUUACAAAAUAAAUUGUAUGUUUUUUCACAGGGUCAUCAAUAUUAUCAGAAACCUCUGAUUUUAGUUCAUAUAUUUAUUUCUGUUUUUGUGAAAUUUCGCUCCAUCACUUCUAUUUUUUUCGCUUUUGUGUAGGCUUGAGUUACAAUCUUGUGGCUUAUAAUUCUACCUCUUUCGAUGUAACAAAAUCAGGAAUUAAAUGUUACAAAAAUCUGAGGUUUCUACUCAUUUUACUAUCAGAUAAUCUGUAAACUUGUGUAAUAAAAAUUACAUUAAAUUUUCAUUCUGCUGAACAUGUGGCUCAACCAAUUUGAGGGCAUAGUCAGCAACUUCCCCUUAACUGUAUUAGUAAGAUUUUUUUGCAUUGCUUUGAAUGUGGAUAAAAUUGGAAAAGUACUUAUUUAUGAAAUUUGUUCUUGACUUUAAAAUGGGUUGAUGUGAUGCUAUGCCAUGCAAAUUUUGUUGUUAUUUUUUUCUUCAAUAUAAUUUUAAAUAGAUAUUUUAGCUAAAGUCUCCCUUUCUAAUAUUUAUGUGUUUUAGAAACAAAUUUCAAACAUUGUACCAAAAAUUAAACUUUGUAGCCAUAGGCAGAUAGCAUUUUAAUAUUUAAAUCAACAUAAUCAGACAGACAGCUAUUGUUAGGGAAUAAGUUAGAUUUUAUUUGAAGAUGUUUUUUCUUACCUUUACUUUAUUUCAACCUUUAUCUUACCUUAGUAUGAGCUAGUACCAUCAAUAUGGGGACCAUUGUCUGUUAGUGUUGGUUGUUAUGCAUAUAUCUUGAUCUGCAUCCUUGGUCUUUUAAAAUUUAAUUAUGAUUUAACUUUCCUUUUGUUGUCUUCUCUGAAGUCUAAUAGUUCAAUCAUACCAAUGAACAAAAAUUAAAAAAAAAACUCAAAAAACAACCAACUAAAGAACCAAUAGGUAAUGAUUACUUGUGUUCUUUGAUAGUCCCUUUUCAUAAUUAUGUUUUAUAACCUGCCUUGCAUCUAUUUUGGCCACUGUCAAUAUGGUUUGACCAUAAAUAUUUUUUCUCAUAAAUUUUGUAAAGUCACCUUUUCUCUAAUUUAUAUGCUUACACUCUGUGCAAUAAGUAUUUAUAGCUGUAGCAAUAGGGUCUUUAAAUAUUAGUCAUCAUCCAUUCGUUCAGUGAAUAUAUAUUCUACAACUUGCAAAUGAAAAUAGAGUGAUUCUCAGGUAAUAAGUUUAAACACUAAACUAUUUUAAAAAAUAAUGUUUCAAGGAUUUUUUUUAGUGCUGAAUCAUCAUUUCUUAAGAAAGUAAGGAAAAAAAGUGUUAAAACUGUCAGAAAGAAAAAAAACAAACUUGUCAAAAUUUACAUUUCAGUGUACAUUUAGUUGAAAUGUCAAGAUCUGAAAAAAUAAGUAUCCAUGACAACAUUUUUCAUAAUAUCCAAAACCAUUUAUGUAAACACAAAAUUUACAUUCAUUGCAUUCAUUGUAUUACAAUUACAUUAUAUAUAUAAUUUUCAUUCUUACACAACCAACUUAUAUAAAAUUUUAAACAGAAACUAACUAAUAUUUUAUGAAGAACCUACCUCAUUCUAUAUAUUAAAAAAACUAGAAAAUUGUCCUUUUUGACACUAGUGUUUUAACCGUUUCAAUAUUGAGGUAAACUGUUGUUCACUCUAAAUCAGUUUAUACAGUUUUGAAUAGUAAAUGAUACCAAAAUGGUGAAGUUAAAUUGUUUUGUCUAUGAUAACAGAUCAUUUUAUAUUGCCAUUGGAUUUUUUGGAUAGGGGAUUGGAGAUUUAAGUGGAUUUCAAGACAAGGUAUGUUUACAUAAAUGUAACUUUGUAAUGCCAUGUUGCCAUUGUCUCUUGUAAGAACAAAUUUAACUCUCUGUAUCUUCAUAUAAAUGUAUGUUCAUUAUUAUUUAUUUUAUUUGUUAAAUCCAUGGUUACUGUGUUGUUGCUUUGUAAAGUUUUCAGUUUGUUUUGAUAAUAUUUCCCAGAUUUAAAGUCAUGAAUUACUUAUACAUUAAAUUAUUUUUAGAGUGAUUGCUUUGGUAAAUAGAUUCUUAUCCAUGGAAAAGUCAUUAUGAACACUUAUUUGUGCUGUUGUUAAACAUAGAUUGGAACCUUAAAUUCCAAAUUACUUGUUACCCCGUAUUUUUUAAAAUAAAAUAAACAAAAAUAAUAAUAAAUCAAUGAAAUUAAAUUUAGAAAUGAAAUAAAAACAUAACAACGCAUUAAUUGAUUUGUUAUUAUACAGUUUUGUAAAUUGCACCAAUUUCACUACUCAUAUUCAUGCUCAUACAAUUAAUCUUGAAUUGAAAAGUGUAUAGUUACACUGUGUUGUUAAUGUGUAUGUCUUAGGAAGAUGACACCAAUAUAUUGAGCCUUAUGCAUUAGUAAAGUCAUGCAACUGAGCAAUAGUAAUAAAACAAACUGAAUACUUGGCAAAAGUUUUGUUAUUGUAUGCAAUUUGCAGUGUGAUGUCUGAUUGGUCAAUUUUUAUGUAGUCUCAACCAAUGAGUGACAAAUAUGUUGUUUAUUGGUUUUUAGAAAAAGCAUAAUAAAGGAAUUACAAAAAUGUG